ACUAAGCUUUCCUGGCCACUGAAUUGUCAUGAGAUAUGAUUAUUAACUUCGUGAUUGAAGAGCCGAAGUUCUGUAUUAAUCUGAUGUUUUAAGUUGAAUGGAUUUGUUGUAGAAGCAAAUAUCACUGAUUCAUUUGAUUUCGCUUGGAACUGGAAGACAAUAGGCAUACGUAUCAUGAAAAGUUGAAAGAUGGCAGUACUCUUUUCUUAGAUUCUUGGCUCUGCCUUGCUUUUUAGUAGAACCUUGCUGUUUCAAAUUUCAAUAAAAUUGACGAAGACAAUUGCUUUAGUGUUCACUAAUGCAUUUAGUUCUACGGGCUGUUCACUGUUGUGAACUUUUGUGAACUUUUGUGGAUUCUCUCCUUCUUACAUACUCCUUCUAAGGUCCUACCGUGCAGGCUUUAGUGCUCAAUAACCGACAGUUUUGAACUUUCACUUUGAAAAAAGAGGCUGCCCACUGCUCAGUUGCAAUUUUCGUCAAUAUGUGAGAUUAACUUGGCUAGAGCGAGGUAAUUACUUGGUCCAUCAACGUAGACAUAAUGGGGCAGGAGGAGGAACGUUUAGAGAGAAAAUGAAGUCAAUUUGUUGAGGUGGAAGGCUUGUGGCGUGACGACAAACAAAGAAACACGGCGCAAUGGAAGGAUUGUGAAUAUAUAUAUUUUGCAAAGAUUGUGUCUAUCUCUAUUUUGCAAUCAGCUACAAAAGAAAAAGUGUACUACUAAAUACAUUGGGAGUUCGAUCCAUUAAGUGGAGUUUAUAUAUUGUAGUUCAUAAGCUUGUAUUUGGAGCGACAGAGUUGUAAAUGGACUUCGCUAAAUGUGAAAAGGAUAUUAAGAGAAGAAGAUAACUUGGAAAAAACCAUCCCCAAAAAUGAAAAUCAUACCGCCAUAUUUGCAUAACUCUCAACUUAUUGUAUAUUAUAUCAAUCCCGCGAAAUAAAUCGAACUUUCAUACUUAGGAGGCAUGGGAUUUUUGGCAGUUCGCACCAAGCUGAAUGCCGAGGACGACGAAAGGAAGCAACAAGGACUUACACGAUCUGCGACGCUUUGGAUUCUGGAGCUUCAACUGAAGGAUCUGAAACUGUAAAGAGUCCUACUUGAUCGGUUGUAGUUUGGGCAUAAUCGUCAAUAUUUGUUCCAAUAUCUAGUAGGUUGAAUGAUUUCCCCUCUUAGUGCAAACUGCAAAGCCGUUGGAUACCAAUCCAACUAUGAACAAAAUUAAACUGCAAACCCAACAACUUGCAUUUCAACAUCCUGUAACUCGCAAUUUUGACACGCAAUCGCGUUCUCCUGUCUACGAAGCACUUCUUCGAUCAGGUCCCCGUCUCAGAAACCUUCAACAAGUUCAUGCCCAUAUCAUCGUUUCCGGACUCCAUAGAAGUCGAUCCCUCCUCACUAAGCUUAUUUCUCUGGUUUGUACCGCUGGUUCAAUCACCUAUGCUCGACGAUUGUUCCCCACUGUGCCUAAUCCGGAUUCUUUCCUCUUUGAUUCCCUCCUCAAAGUGACUUCCAAAUUUGGUUUCUCUAUUGAUGCUGUCUUGUUUUACCGUCACAUGCUUUUCUCAGGUGCUCCCCCGUCGAAUUACACCUUUACGUCUGUGAUUAAAGCCUGUGCGGAUCUUUCAGCUCUAAGGUUGGGUAAAGAAAUUCAUUCUCAUGUUAUGGUUUGUGGGUAUGGUUCGGAUAUGUAUGUUCAGGCUGCUUUAAUUGCUCUCUAUGCUAAAGCUAGUGAUAUGAAAGUUGCCAAGAAGGUGUUUGAUGCAAUGCCACAAAGAACAAUUAUAGCUUGGAACUCACUUAUAUCAGGGUUCGAGCAAAAUGGACUCCCGCAAGAAUCAAUUGAUUUAUUUCAUCUGAUGAUGAAGUCGGGUUUGCAACCUGAUCCAGCAACAAUAGUGAGCUUAUUGUCUUCCUGUUCUCAGCUAGGAGCCCUUGAUUUCGGUUGCUGGUUGCAUGAUUAUUCUAAUGUUAAUGGUUUUGAUCUCAACGUGGUUCUUGGUACUUCAUUGAUUAACAUGUACACUAGAUGUGGGAACGUAAGCAAAGCGCAGGAAGUUUUUGACUCCAUGAAAGAAAGGAAUGUUGUCACCUGGACAGCCAUGAUUUCAGGGUACGGGAUGCAUGGCCACGGUAAGCAAGCGAUGAAGCUUUUUGGUGAAAUGAGAGCUUAUGGUCCUCGUCCUAACAAUAUUACAUUCGUUGCAGUCUUAUCUGCAUGUGCUCAUUCAGGGUUGAUUGAUGAUGGUCGUCGGGUAUUUUCAAGCAUGAAGGAAGUGUAUGGGUUAGUUCCGGGAGUAGAACAUAAUGUCUGCAUGGUAGAUAUGUUUGGGCGUGCUGGAUUGCUCAACGAUGCUUAUCAAUUUAUCAAAAAAAUUCUUCCCAAGGAGCCAGGCCCGGCAGUUUGGACUUCAAUGCUCGGGGCCUGUAGAAUGCAUAGAAAUUUUGACCUUGGAGUUAAGGUUGCAGAACAUGUUUUAGCCGUUGAGCCAGAAAACCCUGGUCAUUAUGUAAUGCUUUCUAACAUAUAUGCAUUGGCCGGUAGGAUGGAUCGGGUGGAGAUGGUACGAAAUAUGAUGACUAGACGACGCCUAAAGAAGCAAGUAGGCUAUAGCACCAUAGAAAUCAAUCGAAAGACCUAUUUAUUUAGCAUGGGUGACAAGUCCCAUCCUCAGACAAACACUAUAUAUAGGUAUUUAGAUGAAUUAAUGUGUCGAUGUAGUGAAUCAGGCUAUGUACCAGCACCGGAGUCCUUAAUGCAUGAUUUGGAAGAAGAAGAAAGGGAUUAUGCCCUUAGGUAUCACAGUGAGAAGCUUGCACUAGCAUUUGGUUUACUUAAUACCAAUCAAGGUGAGACUAUUAGAAUUGUAAAGAACCUUCGAAUGUGUGAGGAUUGCCAUUCAGCUAUUAAACACAUCUCUAUUAUUGCUGAUAGAGAAAUAAUUGUUAGGGAUAAAUUUCGUUUUCACCACUUCAAAGAUGGUUCGUGUUCUUGUCUUGAUUAUUGGUGAUAAUUUUCAUUCAUAAUCUUCAUCUCGAGAAUUCUAGCUGUUACUGAGACUUCAUCGGACUUAUGAGCUAACCUGCCACCAGUCAUGGAAAUUUCGCUGAAUUUUCUAAUUUUUUAGCAAUCCUGUCACUGCUGCUCGUUUUUAAAUUGCGGUGAUCUAGUUGUAACUUGAUCGGUUUUCCCACUGCCGGGUCCCAUAUUUAUUCAAUGAUCGAUCCCUGAAGCAGGUACUGAAUAGGUGUUCCUAUGCAUUUGAAAAUUGAAGUAGCAUCACAUAAUAUCACUUAUAUGGCAGUUAUCUCUCAAAUGGUAAAUUUACAAGAAUCUAAUUUUUCAGAGGAAAGAUUACGGAAAGACAAUUGAUCGUCAUUCAACUUUUUUUCUUUUUUUUUUUUUAUUAGCCAUCAUAUGAGAUGCAAACUCGAUUUUCUGGGGAGAAAUUGGUAGCUUCGAACGAAACACUUAACGUUUUAUGCAAUGCUGCAGGCUCAGGGAAAGAAGUGUAUUUGCUCUAAGACAUUAUUCGUUCUUUGGUAACUUCAAAAUUAAAUGGAUGUAGGACCUAAGAAUUUUUUGUUCCUUGCAUCAACAUGAUCUCAAAAAAUGUUGACAUAGCGGGUUAUGGAAGGAGGUGGAUGCAACUGCGAUUGGGUACAAAGUAUGUGUCAGCGGGUUCUUAAGCCUUACGAGUGUUGUCUGGCUGCUGUCAGGUUUACAACCUUUCAUAAUUAGAUUCUUAAAUUGGUGAAAGUGGAUAUCAUUGACAUUUAUCAUCAAUGCACAUUUUCUUUUGGUUGUUCUUGCAACUCAUUUUUAACUUUUUGGCGCUUUCAAGUUCAGCCAUGGAAAAUGCGUUUGUAUUGACAUACAGAAAUUCUUUGAGGUGAUCGCUCUUAUAUAUUCCUUCAAUUGGUCUUUUUUUCCCUUCCCCCGCAAUUUACAAUUUUCAUCAUGACUUUUGGCUCUGCUCCAUGUAGUCCUUUUGUUCUGAGCUUUUUCAAACUUAUUUGAUGGUUAGUACUUUUAAAGAAGCAAACCACCCCCCCCCCCCCCCC